UGGGUUGCUCAGAGAGGUCGAACUUCCCAUUUUCCCAUUGCUUCCCCCUCCAAGUCCUCCCAUUCACAUUGGCUCUGCUCCCUCACCUCCUCCAUUGAAGCAGAUCACUCAUCUUAUCCCCCAAUUCCUCUCCGCCGAUCCUUCGGUUUCGGUCUUUCGAUCGGCUGCUCCGAUCUUGAUCCAUCCUCCGCUGUUCUUGCACGGCUCUGACACACCCCGAAGAGCCCAAUUCGCAUAGCUGUAUUUGCUUGACCGUUGACCUGGGGGUGUCAUCGGGAGAACUCGGCUUCGGUGGUUCACUCGGCUCGUGGUUCUGGGGAUCGGGUCCCUCUUGGAUGUGAAGACCAGGAUAGUUGGAGGAAGGAAUCCUGUCCAUCCCCUGACGUUUUCAUCUAGAUGGAAGCAGAAUCGCAGAGCAAGGCGGUUGCGCCGGCCCCGUUCCUUACCAAGACGUACGACAUGGUCGACGAUCCUCAGACGAACUAUCUCGUGUCGUGGAGCGACAACGGAUGCAGCUUCAUCGUGUGGAACCCGCCGGAGUUCUCCAGGGAGCUGCUUCCCCAGUACUUCAAGCACAACAACUUCUCCAGCUUUGUCAGGCAGCUCAAUACCUAUGGAUUCAGGAAGGUGGACCCGGACCAAUGGGAGUUUGCGAAUGAAGAGUUCAUAAGGGGCGAAAAGCAUCUCCUCAAGAACAUUUACCGGCGAAAACCGAUCCACAGCCACUCACUGCAGAACGUCCCACUGCACGAUUCCGAGAAGCAGAUGUAUGAGGAUGAGAUCAAGAGGCUGCAGAAUGAGAACUCGCUUCUCCAGUCAGAGCUUCAGAGGCACCGGGGAGAGAAUCCUGCCAGCAUCGAGAUCCAAGUACAGUUCUUGGGAAAGAGAUUGCAUGAAAUGGAAAGUAAACAGGCCCAAUUAGUUACAUUCCUAGUCGAACUAAUGAGAAAUCCUAGAUUCCCAUCCACUCUCGCGGAUCAAUCUGAUGACCGGGGCAAAAGGCGAAGGCUGCUUGAACUCGACCAACUAGAACUUAACAACAGUUCGAAGGACAGAGGGGCUGCCCCGUUGUUAGAUUUGAACUCAGUUGAGAAGUUGCAAAAUUCUUUGAAUGUAUGUGAGAAUUUCCUACAAGGUGUUGGACAGAAAAUGGCCGAGGAAGAGAAUGAUUUCGGUUCAUCAUCAAGGCCUCCACCGUUAGUUAUUCCUACAAACAGAGAAUCCUCCGGAGAUUCCGAAAGGAACAUCCACACCUGGUCUCCCCGAUCGCCUCCAUCUUCUUCUUCCAAGGACGUUAGAUCAAUGUCGCCGGAACUUGGCGCAUCUCUUGAUCAAGUAGAUAGCCCGACCACAUCAUCAGUCUAUCUCAAUGUGGACAUCAGUCUCAAGUCUUCAGUGAUAGACGUAAACUCGGAGCCCUGCAAUAAUAAUAUAAGCGAAAUCGAGAAGAAUCUGAGCGAGCAGGUGAGGGAGAAAAUCCCCGGGGCCCCGCAGGAGAUGAACGAUGUGUUCUGGGAGCAGUUCCUAACAGAGACACCACGACCAUCCGACUCUCAGGAAGUCCAGUCUGACAGAACCGAUGGGACCGAUACAGUAAGCAAGCCGGCUAGCCAUGGCAAGUUCUGGUGGAAUGCGCACUACGAUAUUGACUUCAUAAAACAGUUCGGGAGCCAUGCGGUUGACGAGAGGACGUGAAGCCGGUUCAUUUUCUUUCAUCUAAUUUAUAUCUGAUAUGCAUCUUUUAGUGUAGGAUUAUAGAAUCAAGUAUUGCUGGACAUAUCUUCUGCUUUGGUUUACCAAUAUUAUAAAACAUAUACUGCUGAUUUUAUAUUUCGAAA